AUGACUAUUUUAGCCCAACAACAGUUAUUAGCUGUGGGUGGCAUGGGGAGCAGCAGAGGUUCUUGGAAUGGAUCCGCUGAGGGUGAAGAUGAGUAUUACUGUCUUGUUUUGAACGUCAAAGAAGCUGCUUUAGGUGGAAAAGGAGAUAGAGAUUCGGUUAUUAGAGAGCCGUGGAGUUCGGGGGCUAAACCAGGACCAAAUCAUCCAGAAACUGGGCCAAUGUUUAAGGACACGUACAGUACCGCCAAAUUGUUGGCUGAGAGAUUUUCAACUAUAGUAUAG